CCAAAUAAGGGUAAAAAAAAAAAAAAACGUUUCUAAAGAAAUUGAGCGUGGGAAUUUCCGAUUCUUCUUUCUGAUAUCCGCUAUGGAGGUUGAAAGACCCUUUGCAUCACUCACAUUGCAGAACAGCGAAAGCCAAAGCCAACGGCCAUUGAAGAUGAAGUUAGCGCCAAAGGUCGUCUUCCUCUUUCGAGACUCCGAAGGCUUCGCGUCCUCCAUUGCAGACGCUCUCCACCCUAGCCCUAGCUCUUCGGCUCAAAGAGUUGAGCAGCCAUUAGAGCUUCCUUUGGAUCGAUAUGGAGUCAGAGAUCAGAUGGCUCGUGGGCUUAUUGUCAACUUCAUCGUCAAUGGAAUUCAUCAGGUCUCAAUGGUCCUUCUAGACAAUUAUGAACCACCGAUUUUGGCAUGUGCUGUGAAUGAAGUUCUUUCUCAAAUUUUAGAGGCAUCAUCUAGCAUGCUCAUGAUCAUAGCUCCUUUUCUUGUGCCAUCUUCCAAGCUUAAGUUGGAAAGCAGAUCAUUGACGAGAAAUGGUAGCAAGGUUCCUCUCUACAGUGUUCAAGUAGGUUCAGAAACAGACACAAGCAGAGCAGUAGCUGCCCAAACCGAUAAGGCACCUUUGUCAUUGCAAAUCCAUUAUGAGCCCUUAGCUUGCUUUCUUCAGCUGGUCAAUGUCUUGAAGUUGCCUACUUCUAUUCUCAUUGGACAAAGAAGCCAAAGUUUUUCUGAUAAAGCUUUUAGUAAAGAACUGGAGGCACUCUACAAGAUAGGGGACCUUCUGGAAAGUACCACUUCUUUAUGCUUCUCAAAGGACAUGAUCUCAUGGAAUCCUUCAAAGUCAUCCAGAGAUGGUGAAGAACCAUGGCGUGCAUUAUAUGGUUAAAUCGGAGGUUCACAGUAUCGCCCAUCAACUGUUUCAUCAAAGUGAGGACUCUCUGGUCAUGUUUUAUAUUUUUGGAUAUUGUAGGAAGUGCAGCUCUUUUUGAUUAUUUAACUGAGGUCAAACUGUCAAACUGAUGAGCGAUGAUACACUAUUAAACCAUUGUCUCACUGACAUUUUAUAUUGUUAGUUCUUUACUUUGUUUAAAGGCACGUUUGGUUUAUUAAGGACCUAGAAAAACUUUCCAGAGAAGCUGUGUACAAAUUUGGCUGCUCGGCUUGAUUGGGUUUUUGAAUAAGGGAACAAAGAGAAU